AUGGCACUUUUUGUUGUUGUUUUGGUGUUAUUGUGCGAGUGUUUCAGAUUAUCUGAGGAGAAACUAUACAUAACUUUCCGUACACAAACAUGUGGACCCCCCAGAGGCGAGAUAUGCGUGGAAAUCAGAAAAUGCCCGUUUUUCGACGACUUGCUCGACAGGUCGCCCAUCCCUCGACCCAGGAGCGUCAUCAACAUAAUCCGCGCCCACCACUGCGACUUCCAAGGAAACGUUCCUUUCGUCUGCUGCAACAGAACCGCCCCUAUAUACGCCCCACCUCCUACCCUCGCUCCCCUACCGUACACUCACCCUGCUUACUCCUCCCCUGAGCAGGAGUUCACUCAGCGCACGCAGACCAAGCGGACUACCCGUGCAACAAAGCGCAGAAGCCGUACCACUGCGCAGCCCUUUUAUGACAGCUACUCAGACGUUUCUGAGACUCUGCUGUCGCACGCGAACUUCAGGAUGUUGCCGCAAGAUACUUGCGGGCCGAUUUCGACCAACGCCAGGAUCACGAAUGGGAGGCUAACGGAUCUGAAUGAGUUUCCUUGGAUGGCGUUGAUUGCUUACAAGUCGGUUUCAGAUGAUAGUGAUGAAGAUGUUGUCUUCAAAUGCGCAGGAACCCUCAUAACUGAUAGAUUCGUUUUGACUGCAGCUCAUUGUAUUUUGGAUACAACAAUACGUGGAGUGAGACUUGGUGAGUACGAUUUGGACAGUGCAAAAGACUGCAAUCCGGACUCUGGAUACUGCGCCCCACCUCCGCAAGAUUUUGCAAUCGAAAAUAUUCAUGUUCACCCUGAGUAUGAUGAUACUGGAUUGAGACAUGAUAUUGCACUCAUCAAACUUACGAUGUCGGCGAAUAUAAAUUUCGCCAAUGUCCAACCAAUCUGCUUACCAACAAGUGAUACUAAUCUAAAUGGAAAAAAUGUUAUAGUUUCUGGAUGGGGUGUCACUGAAAAUGGUUUGAAAAGCCCAGUACUCAGAAAAGCAUCCAUCCCCGUGGUGAGCUUGCCCGACUGUAGGAAGACGUACCAAAGAUUCCCCCCGAUAACCAGCAGCCAAAUCUGCGCGGGCGGCACUGGAGCAGUGGACUCUUGCGCUGGGGACAGUGGCGGACCCUUGAAGUUUAUCGGCCAAGUCGACGACACGCCCAGAUUCAUCCAGUACGGGAUCGUUUCUUACGGACCCAAAUACUGUGGGACGCAUGGAAAGCCGGGGAUCUACACGAACGUGUUCAAGUAUAUGGAAUGGAUUCUCGAUCACCCUGUACAUUAA